AUGAUUCCGAAGGAUUUAAUCAAAGAAGGGGACCACAUCGUGUUAAAACGCGAUGACAAUUUCUGGGUGAUGCAAGUACGUGUAACCCGGUUCGUUUACAUAGACAAACACAAAUUUACGUUGGAUGGUGUCAUUGGUGAACCAUACGGUUCUAAGUUUCAAUUGAAAAACGAAUCUAUUUGUCGGAUAGAUUCGUCUACAGCCUCAAAACUGGAUAUACCAGAUUGCGGCAAAGGUAUAGAUAAUAGACACAUCGUUGGCAAAGACAGCAAUCAGCAGCUUUCGCACGAGGAAAUUCUGGCCAUGAAAAAAGAUGGGCUCACCGGUGACAGCAUCGUUGGACGACUAAUUGAAAACAGUUCUACUUUUUCACUAAAGACAGAAUACGCCCAGGACAAGUACAUAGCAAAAAAGAAACGUAAGCACAUGCCUGUGUUUAUAAUAUUACGCCCUAGUUCCAGACUUUUAAUAGAAAUGUACUUCGCAAAAAGCCCAGGUAAGAUUUGCCACCUUCGUCCAGAUUCUUUGGCCCAGAUCCUUACACAUGCCAAUGUCCGUGCACACAGUAAUGUGGCUGUAGUUGAUACUUGCCUCGGGUUAGUUCUUGGAGCUGUAAUGGAACGACUUGGUGGAUUUGGUAACGUUAUCCACAUUUACCAUGGCCAAACCCCCAUGCGACCGGUUGUGGAUUAUUACGACUUUGAUCGUAACCAUAUGAAUACAUUGCAUUCUUUCCCCAUGGAGAAACUGAAUCUGUUAAAGAAAACGGGAAACAUUUUGAUAGACUACGAUAAAAACAACACAGGAGGUGUUGCCGAUGAUAGUAGUUGUAAAAAGAUGGCUAAAAUGGGGGUUGAUACAUCUACGAAAGAGGGGACCGAAACCACAGCUGGCAGCAAUACUACAACAACAGCGAAUAAAGAAUCGUCGUGUGAAAGUUCAAAAUGUUUGGAAACCAGUGAAAAAACGAACGAUGGUGGAAUCACGUCUCCGGUGAUCGGUGAUGGUUGCAAAAAUGAUUCGGAAACGUUACCAACAAAAACAUCUGAACCAAUAGUAAAUGUUGAUGAAAACAUGGAGACGGACACUAAAGUAGUUGUUUCUACGACGGAUAACCAACCCAACAAUCAAGAAAGGUCCAAGGAUAAAAGCAAAGAACAGGUGAACGGUGCCAAACCUGAAAAGAAACGAUUCCGAGGAACAUUUGAAGAUCGAGAAGCGAAACGUGAAAUCGAGCUAAAGAAAUUGGCCGCGGCCCAAGAAAUGCUGACCACCAAAAAACUUGAUUGCAUUAUAGUAGCCAGUAAGUUCUAUCCGACCUCACUGGUCCUAAAUUUGAUUCGCUACCUCGCCCCAUCCCGACAGCUUGUUGUUUAUUCUCAGUAUAAAGAACCUCUGAUGGAGUGUUAUGCUCAACUCAGAGAAGUUGGUGGGUUGGUCAAUUUCCGUGUAAUGGAGAGCUGGUGCAGAGAAUUCCAAGUCCUGAAUAUGAGGACUCAUCCGUUAGUCAAUAUGAGUGGCACAGGAGGUUACAUUUUAGUCGCAACAUCAGUAACGAAAUCAUAA